UCCAGCCCUCAGCUAUGACUCACUGCCCUCUAAAACAAAGCUAGAAUAUAGUUUAAGAAGGUUCUGCAGGACUCAGGACCCCCUCUCGUAUUUGCGACAUUGGUACACCCAGCAGCUGUUCACAGUGUUGGCAGCCGGAAUGCACAAAUUGUAUUGAUUUUUGGGAUUGUUGAAUACCACGCUGACAGGAGCAGUAAGGAAGCAGCAGAGCUCAGAGUAGAUACAACAUGGCUUCGCCGGUCAGAAAGCUGAAAAAUCAGGAUUAUUGGCAACUGAAGAACGAAUGCAAGAAGACAGGAAAAUUGUUUGAAGAUCCAGAGUUUCCAGCAGCAGAUGAAUCCUUAUUUUACAGCAGGGCACCUCCACACAGAAUAGAGUGGAAACGCCCAGGGGAACUCUGUGAUGACCCUCACCUGUUUGUGGAAGGAAUCAGCCAACAUGAUUUACAUCAAGGCCAGCUGGGAAACUGCUGGUUUGUGGCCGCAUGCUCCUGUCUUGCUCUCAGAAAAGCUCUUUGGGAAAAGGUUAUUCCAAAGUGGAAAAAACAAGAAUGGGAUCCAAGAAGACCACACAGAUAUUCAGGAAUUUUCCAUUUCCAGUUCUGGUGUUUGGGAGAUUGGGUUGAUGUUGUCAUUGAUGAUCGUUUGCCAAGCAUAGGCGGGAAUUUGAUCUACUGCCAUUCUAAUGUGAAGAACGAAUUCUGGAGUGCUCUACUGGAGAAGGCGUAUGCAAAGUUGGCUGGAUCGUAUGAAGCCCUUGAUGGUGGCAGCACAGCUGAUGCCAUAGUGGAUUUCACAGGGGCAGUUGCAGAAAGCAUUGACUUAUCAGAUGGCAAAUACAAAGUUAAUAUAGUGGAACAAACAAAGUUGUUUGAAGAACUUUUAAAAGUUCAUAAAAGAGGUGGACUCAUCUGCUGUCAUCUUAAGGCUGCCUCCUCCAGGGAUGUGGAGACAGUUACUCCAAUGGGACUUAUCAAAGGACAUGCAUACUCAGUGACUGACAUAAAGAAGAUGACUCUGGGAGAGAAGACUCUUUGUUUUGGAAAGACCACUAAAUUAUUCAUGAUCAGAAUGAGAAACCCAUGGGGAAAGAGAGAGUGGAGAGGCACAUGGAAUGAUGAAUCUGAAGAGUGGAAAAAAGUGAGCAAAUCGGAGAAAGGAAAACUCGGACUGACUAUGCAGAAUGAUGGCGAGUUCUGGAUGACGUUCGAGGACUGGUGUAGUAACUUCACUCAUGCCGAUGUCUGCCGUAUGAUAAACACUUCAUAUUUUAGCCAACAUAAAACAUGGGAGAAGGGGGAGGAUCGCGGAAAAUGGACUAAUAAUGCUGACGCUCUGCUGAAUCGCUCUGGAGGAUGCUUCAAUAAUAAAAGUACAUUUUUUCAGAAUCCACAGUACAUCUUUGAGGUGAAGAAAGAAAAUGAUGAUGUGCUUGUUUCUCUACAACAAGAGGAUCAGCGAACACACAAGAAGUUUGGGAAAGGAGACAAUUUCAUUAUUGGCUUUGAAAUUCUUAAGGUGGAACAGAAUAGACAGUAUAGAAUCCACAAGAUGGAAGGACAGGAAAGAGCUGCCUCCUCCCCCUACAUGAAUCUAAGGUCUGUCUUCAUGAGGAAGGUAUUGAAGAAAGGUAGAUACGUCAUUGUUCCCACAACUUUUCAGGCUGGACUUACUUGUGAAUUCAACCUUAGACUCUUUACAGACGUGCCGUCCAAUUUCAGGGAGCUGCUGCAUGAUAAGCCCAGUGCAACCUGUUGGAGCCUCUUGUUGGGAUAUCCUAAAAGGGUCAGUCAAGUGUUGGUGAGGAGCAUAGAAGGAGUGGAACCUCAGGGGAAAACAGAAGGAUCUGAUCUAUACGUUAUCAUCAAAUGUGAAAAUGAGAGUGUUCGAUCUGAUGUCCACAAAAAUACAACCAGCGCUGUUAUUGAUAUGAAAGCGAUUUUCUACCGUAGGAGAAUGAGUGAACCAAUUGUCAUUCAGGUCUGGGGAAGCAAGAUCCUGUGUGACCAAUUCCUGGGCCAAGUGCUCCUGGCUGCAUCGCCUAAUGACCCAGUAGAAGAGCAGAGUCUCCAGCUGCACAAUAAGGAUGAGCAAGCAGCGCAAGAGAUGCCAGGCCGGAUAAAUGUCAAGGUUGCCUCCUCUGAUGACCUCCUCGAUCUGUGAAUGUGAGAGUGUCUCCCGGACACAGACAGAGCUGUGAGCUAAAGACUGUCUGAUAUGCCUGAGUAGAUGAUGUCUUUAGUUCGCAUGCACACGCACUAGUAAUUUAUAUUGGUUCUGACCACAUCCAAUGUUUUCAAGUCAUCUGGCAAGACCAUAGAAAUGUUCCUUAUUCUAAAGCAUCGAGACUUAUGGUACAUACAAGGAAUCCUAAAAUACUGCCUGCAGCUAGAAGCUGAGGAUUAUGUCAUCGAAGGGGAAAUAUCCCUGUCAUUUUAUUUUCCACACCACUCCAUAAAGGCAUGCAGCAGAUAUUGCUUCUCACCAGCCGUAGCAGAAUCUGUUUAAGGCCUCCUGCACACAAUCGCGAAUCUGCAAAAUAUGGAUGCGGUCUGGGUGCAUCCCGCACUUUUCACAGGUUCCAUUGUAGAAAUGCCUAUUCUUGUCCCCAAAAGAACAAGAACAUGACAUGUUCUAUGUGGACAGCACAUGGAUUAUACUUUUUGCAGCCCCAUAGAAAUUAAGGGUCAGAGUGCAAUCCGUAAAAGACAGACACAGACCAAAAAUACGAUAAUGUGCAUCUAAAUAGUGGCAUAGCUCAGACCAAGUUGGAGCUCCAAGACAAAGAUCAAGUGAUGCGUCCUGCACCGCGAUGCCUCUAUAAAACCGGAACUUUAUUAUAGCGGGGUUAAAAGACUAGUAAGGCUGAUGCAUUUUGGGCUACACAAGCCCUGCUCAAAAUGAGUCAGCUUUAUUUGUAUUUUACCCCCACUAUAAUAAUAGUUCUGGUUUUAUGAAGAUAUCGCAGUGCUGGGAGCAUUAUUUGAACUUUAUGAAGGUAAUUGAAGAUGGGGGGUGGUGAUACAAGCCCUUAGGGGCUGUACUACUUAUUUCCAAGCUUUCCAAUAAUCCUAAAACUGAACCAGUAGAUUUUUGAGAGGAAAUCUGAUAAAAUAGAAAUACAAUAGAACUUUGAAGCCAUUUCCACCCAAACUUUUGUCAGUGCAUUUUUCACGAAUACACCACUGCGUCCCCGUGCCUUUCUUUUCCUCCAUGCGACAUUUUUAAAUCACGUAGGAAAAAAUGGGCGAGGCUUCACAGUGGAACUCCAUCAGUUUUUUCUCCCCUUUUUUUAAUAAAAUCCUGGAGACGUUUAGAAGUGUUCCUUAAAGGCUAUGUACACCUUUUUGGAGGCAUUUUCUUUUAUUAUUGCACUGGGGAACGAGGCGUUUGCCCAUACCAGCGCUGGAUACCUUGCAGGCAGCACUGCUCGUAUAUCAUUUUGUUACAUUAGGGAAUCACACUCCUUCCUUCUGGCUCCUGAUGAGAUGUUCACAAUUGAACUAGUUGAAACUUGUAGAGCAGGAUAGGAUUCCUUUAGCUGACUGGUCUCUACCCCUUACAGUAUCUGCUUAUAUUCAGGACUGACCGCACAACUGCUGGUUUUAGUCCCCGAUACAUAACACUACUGUACUGACACAUUGUGCUUAGCAAUACUGCCCUCACCUAAAUAGUGACUGAUCAUAUAGCUUAUAUUGCAUCAGUACGUUACUGGGUGUGCAUGUACUUUUGGGGACCUGGUCUGGCUUAUCCCAGAUAUAUCCCAACAUAAUAGACCAUAUCGAUAGCACGCCCCAUUGCAGACCACUGUGUUCUGGAACUU